AUUUUGGAGGCUAUAGCUUUCUUUCAGGGAAAUUUCUUGUAUAUUCUUUAGGUGCAAAUAUCCAAGUAAUCCUUUGAACAAGUGCAGAGGAAUAAAGCAUUGAUCUAAAGCAUUGAUCAAAAGCCUUAUUCCUUCCCAAUGAGCAAUCAUUGUAUUGCUAGGUUUUCAACUGUUCGUCAUAAGGCAGUUUCACAACUGUCCCUGAGCAAAAGUUGGGGAAAUGGAUUUUGCAAAGUCUUUUUCACCUGGGCUGUGCAGCCUGUGCCACACAAUUCUCAAAACACCCUUCACAAUGUACGUUUCCCCUGUUCACUUGGUGUCAACCUCACUCCAUCUGAUAUACCUCAACGCUCAGAUGAAUGGUUUGCCCUUCGAAGAAACAAGUUGACCACAAGCACCUUUAGCACCGCAUUGGGUUUUUGGAAAGGAAAACGCCGUUAUGAGCUCUGGCAUGAGAAAGUAUUUUUAUCAGAGACAGAGGUUGUGGAAUCUUCUAGGAGGUGUGCUUUGCAGUGGGGUGUGCUUAAUGAAGUAGCUGCUAUAGAGCAGUACAAAAGCAUCACAGGUCGUGAUGUUGGCUUGUUGGGUUUUGCAAUCCAUUCAAAUGAACAGUUUGAUUGGCUUGGUGCAUCCCCUGAUGGUCUUCUUGGUUGCUUUCCUGAAGGUGGUAUCCUUGAAGUAAAGUGUCCAUACAACAAAGGGAAGCCUGAGACUGCACUGCCCUGGUCAAGCAUGCCAUUUUAUUACAUGCCUCAGGUGCAGGGUCAAAUGGAGAUAAUGGACAGAGAUUGGGUUGAUUUAUACUGCUGGACACCAAACGGAAGCUCAAUAUUCCGUGUACACAGGGAGCGCAGUUAUUGGGAGCUAAUUCAUGGCAUUUUGCGGGAAUUUUGGUGGGGAAAUGUGAUACCUGCUAGGGAAGCUCUGUUGUUAGGUAGAGGCGAGGAGGUCAAGACAUACGAGCCAGCAUCUACUCAUAAGCAGACAGGUCUUGUAAUAUCUAAGAGCAUAAAGUUAGCUAAAAAUGCAAAAUUGUUGUGUAGGGAGAUUGCUGGUCAUAUUGAAUGUUAUAGAUGAAGAACCUUCUAUCAAAACAACAGCAUCUGAUUCCCCUUCAUUGUUGAAAGGGUUCCCAUUAUUCGUUAAGUAGCUAGUUAGCUGCAAUUGUGUAACUCUUUCUGAAUCAUGUUCUUUAACGGAUUAAAAUUCAAGACCGUUC